UACCAGUUAAAAUAGUCGCGCAUCGCGCAAUCGCAAUAAUUCACGAAAAAAUUCCGUCGGGGAUAAACUAUUGGCUUUUGUGUUAGUGAGAGAAGACAUUUUUAUUGAGGAAUAAAUUUUAGAAGUUUGAGAAUCAAAACUUCUACCAUAAGUACUGAUUUGUAGUAAUAUGAGUAAUGCACCCAAUCAAAAUGGAUCAGGUCUAGAGCAGCAGCUUGCUGGUCUGGACUUGCAGAGUCGCGGAACAAGCGACCGUUACGUGCCACCGCACUUGCGCAACAAACAACACAGCGGUAGCGCUGGUGGUAACUACCCCGAAUCAAGUUCCGGUUACGAUAGGGAAAAGGGCAGGGGCGAGUCGAGAGGCGGAAGUGGCGGGCGCAACUUCAACAGGGGCGGUACAGGCGGAGGAAACCGUGAUGCUCGCGAGAAUCGCGGCGACUUCUCUAGUUUCAAUACCAGAAACAGACGAGAUAACUUUCAGAAUGGCGAGGUCUUUGAUAGUAGAGAAAAAGAGGAAUGGGGCAGGACUAGCGGCAGAUAUCAAGAAAGUGGUGAGCGUGACUUGUCCCGUAACGAUCGUUGGCAAGAACCGGAAAAACCCAGGGAUCGUUGGAACGAAAGUUCAAACAGUCGAGAGGGUGGCAAUAGCAGAUGGAACGACAAUCGCGACCGGCGCAAUGAAAACGAUUGGACCAUUCCAUUGCCCAGGGAUGAACGCCUCGAAACGGAACUGUUCGGUGCCGGUAAUACGGGUAUCAACUUUAGCAAAUACGAAGAUAUACCUGUUGAAGCAACCGGGGAGAAAGUCCCGCGCCACAUUACAUCUUUUGAGGAAGUACAGCUGACAGAGAUCAUACGGAGCAAUAUCGCUGCCGCUCGUUACGAUACACCCACUCCGGUGCAGAAAUAUGCGAUUCCAAUAAUUCUGAACAAAAGAGAUGUUAUGGCUUGCGCUCAGACCGGCUCUGGUAAAACUGCAGCCUUUUUGGUGCCCAUUUUGAACCAGAUGUAUGAAGUUGGCCCGCCGAACAUUCAGCACGGUCGUAGUCGUCGCAAGCAAUAUCCACUAGGUCUUGUUUUGGCGCCUACCAGAGAAUUAGCGACUCAGAUCUACGAUGAAAGCAAAAAGUUUGCUUACAGAUCACGAGUGCGCCCGUGUGUGGUCUAUGGUGGGGCCCAUAUUGGAGAUCAGAUGCGUGACCUUGAUCGCGGUUGUCACUUGCUGGUGGCGACUCCUGGACGUCUCCUAGACAUGAUCGAUAGGGGCAGAAUUGGCCUGGACUAUUGCAAAUACUUAGUGUUAGAUGAAGCCGAUCGUAUGUUGGAUAUGGGUUUCGAGCUGCAAAUCCGUAGAAUUGUGGAAAAAGAAUCCAUGCCUAGAACAGGGGAACGGCAGACUCUUAUGUUUUCUGCCACUUUUCCCCAUCCCAUACAAAUGUUGGCUCGCGACUUUCUUGACAAUUACAUAUUUUUGGCUGUUGGUCGUGUAGGCUCCACCUCCGAGAAUAUCACACAAAAGGUUAUGUGGGUGCAGGAGCACGAUAAGCGAUCCCUUUUGUUGGAUCUUUUGAAUGUAAAUGAUUUGCAUCAACCAUCAGCAGAGAGUUUGACUCUAGUAUUUGUCGAAACCAAAAAAGGCGCCGAUUCUCUUGAAGAUUUUCUUGAUCACGAAGGAUACCCUGUCACUUCAAUACAUGGCGAUCGUACACAACGAGAAAGAGAAGAUGCAUUAAAACAAUUCCGCUCGGGAAAUACCCCCAUACUGGUUGCUACAGCGGUUGCCGCCCGUGGCUUGGAUAUUCCGCACGUUAAACAUGUAAUCAAUUUCGAUUUGCCUUCAGAUAUUGAGGAAUAUGUUCAUCGAAUCGGACGUACUGGCAGAAUGGGUAACCUCGGUCUGGCAACGUCAUUUUUUAACGACAGGAACCGAAAUCUAGCCAGUGCAAUGUUGGACCUGCUGGUUGAAGCCAAACAGGAGUGUCCAUCCUGGCUUGAUAGUAUCGCUUCUGAUAGUCGAAUGCCAAGUUCCGGCAGAAGAGGUGGCAAAGGUCGAUACGGUGGAGGCGGCGGGAGCAGUUUUGGCAGCAGAGAUUAUCGCCAACAAUCUGGCAAUUCGCGGGGCAACCAAAGAUCGGGUGGUGGAGGAUACAGCAACAAUGGAUAUGGUAAUGGAGGAGGAAACCAUUAUGGCGGCGGAGGUAUGGACAGAGGAAGCAACUUUGGCGGGAACUACAAUUCCAGCAAUCAAGAUGAUUGGUGGUAAACCAAAAUCAUCCCCGUAGAUAUUUUUCUCUUACUGAAAAUUACAAGCAUCUUAUUUGUACUUCAUGAGGUUUUUUUUAUUUAACCUAGAAAGAAUAUAUUCAAAAUCACUGUCAUCCGUUAAAAAAUUAUUUACUAACACUUUUCAAAACUGUAAUAUAUAUAAUUAAACUACAUAUUUAUUAAUACAGAAGUAGAUAUUAGCUUCAUCCUUAAAAGUUAGAAAAAAAUAAUCCAUGUUUUUUUUUUUCACCAAAAUCAAACCUUUAACAACCCCAAUUUGCACACAUCUCGUUAGUGCUUUUUUUUGUUUUUGAUUAAAAAUCUACCAAUUAUAAAGGAUAUUUCCAAAAUAUAUUCUUUGAAUUAUUAUUUCUCCCCUUCUGUCGCUGGGUUUCUCUAAAGAGAGCUAAUUAUGCUGAACACCGUUUUUUUUUUAGGGAAAGUUACCAACGAGUUUUGUUCAUUUAUAUAAUUCACUAAAUAAAGAAUAUUAUAAAAUAACAGACAGUUUAAAGUUGUGCUAGUUAAUAAUUCAUUUUUAUUAGUUGGCUCACUUAUGCAGUGUGUCACUUUGAGAAUGUUUCCUAAGGAGUAAUACUUUCGGAAGUUAUAAUACAUACAAAUAUUCACUAACUAUAAGCAUAUAAACUGAAGCUGUCGCUCCGCUCCCAGUAUAAUUUAUGUAAAUUCCAUAGAAAGUUUACAUAUUGUUAGCAAUGUUCGUCUUACCAGGGAGAGGGGUACUUCUCUGUAUAUUAUUUUGACAAAUUUGAUGAUUAUUCUGGCUCUAAAAACAGGUCUUGAAUGAUGCGUAAUUUUCAUAUUUUGGUAAGGCAAUGCAAUUGAUAACUUAAUUAUAGGCCCUCGUGGAAUGAACUAUAUUUCACAUUUUCUGACAAACACCAGUUUUAAAACUUACAGAUUUAAUAUGCCUGAUUUCAGAUGGGUUCUGUAUAUGAUAUCAUCAUUGGGCAUUUUACAGUUUAUAAAGUUUUAGAAUUUCUUUUUUAAUGUUAUCUGCAAAAAUAUUUAUUGUUUAUUGAACUUAAAACACACCAUAAUAAAUUUCUUCAUAUUUGAACUUGCUGUUGCUUUUGUUGUUUUCAGUUUACUUUGAUGGGUUCCAUUAAAUUAUGUAUAUCAA